GAGAGAAUAAUUGCAAUGAUUUCGAGUUCAUGAACUCUCUGUGUAUAUUUGUGUGGAUAUAUAUAUAUGAAUUGCUCUAAUUGUAUCUAUAUAAACAAAUAUAUGUAAAUGAAUUGCUGUAAUUCUAUUAUUCCUAUAUGGUACUGGAUGUUCUAGGUAAUCUUAAUUAAACCUACAGUUUAUGAAAUGAACCUACAGUUUCUAGGACCGGACAAAAAUAAUUUGCUGAGAUGUCAGCUGGGAAUUCUCCCAGGGAAAGCUUGGAAAUGGAGAGCUUCCACACAAGAUUCAGUGCCUGGAUGCCAAAUAGCAACAAUUCAUUAAAUCGACAGCUCUUUCAGGAAAGAGUUGCUCUUAUAAGUCACUGGUUUGACCUCUGGACUAACAAGCAACAUCAAGAAUUCUUAUUCACAAUUUUUUUAUGAUGCACUAAAUCACAAUUAAGUUAAAUGGUUGUCCAAGACUGGUUUUCAGAAAGGAUGCAAGUGGCCGAAGUGGAUUUUCUACCACGCUUCAUUUCUCUCUAUAUCUUUUCCUUUCUGAAUCCAAAAGAUGUGUGUGCAGCUGCACAAGUCAGCUGGCCCUGGAAAUUUUUAACUGAACAGGAUUGCUUAUGGAUGCCCAAAUGCAUGAAGUUCGGAUGGUUUCUGCCCUAUACGCCAACAGAUAAUGAGUAUGGUGCUUGGAAGCACCAUUGCAUUGCUUGUGUGUCCAACUUAGAUUGGCUAACCCCUAGGGAAGCCGCAGCUCUUUAUGGGACCCUGAAUGAACCCAAAACAGAAGAUGAGCAACUACAGGAGAGGCAAAGAGAAAAGUGUCUAAGGAAAAUAAUUUGGGAGAAAAUUGCACUACGUAAGAAGGAUUUGUUCAAAGUUCGACCCCCUUGGGUGAAUGGAACAUGCUGCUCUAGAUUGUUCAAAUCCAAAUGCCAACCACGUCUCUCCCAAACUGUGAGGGAGCGAGUGGGAUUACAGGAAACUUUGGAGAAACAGCUUGUUUGGGCACCUUUAGAAGCUUUGCCCAAGCGAAGCAAUGUUUCUGGAUGCCACUCCUACCCUUUACUAUCAAAGAAAAAUUGGCAUAGAGUUUAUAAAAAUGACAGCAGCUCUUCACAUGCUCUCCGGCCACACUUCAUAUUAGUAUCAUCUCGGAUUCCUGCAUAUGAGGUACAGAGUGUUUUAGGAGGCCAAAAAACAAUAGUCUUUAAAAAUCACAGAUUACAUAUUCACUGUUUUUAAUUUAUUAAUAAGUGUUCUAAAGUAAUGGGCUUUGGUUCCUACAGCUCUGGUUUCAUUUUCUAGAUGGUGGUGAACAGUGUUAGAGCAGAUAUGACAUUUUGAUCUUUCCCCCCCUCAGGCUAUAAAAUUGGUAUUAAAAAUUUACUGAGGCCUGAAGUGAGAGACUUCUGGGAGAAAUUAGGAAGCUAUGUGGCCCCUGAAGAAGAAGGGGGUCACGUGGACCUCUUUGUACGACUUGGAGCAUCAGAGGCAGGAACAGAAGUUCUUUCUCAGCUGUCUCAACUGACUGGCACGUUACUGACCGCCCCCACCGGGACUGCCACCGGCUCGUACGAACACAUUCUUAGUGACUGGCUGGGACGACAGUGGGAGAGGGCGCCCCCUUCCACCUACUUCAGCAAAACAAAGCUGCAGAUGUGGUCCAGCCUCACCAACUUCCUGGAAGACACCUUGAAAUCAGUAAGGAAACAACUAAGUCCUCUCUUCAAGGAGUUGCAGAAGAACACAAGUGGCAGGAUGACAGGUAAGAACUCUUGCUACUUCUGUUGCAGCUUAAUUUUGAAGCUUGAAAGAAAUGUUAGAGAAGAUAAUCCUCAGGACACAAAAUCAAGUCUCAGCAAAAACGGUCCAAAUUUUGAGUUGCUGGUUGAGUUGGAGAGAAAGCUGCAGCUGGACUCAGCCGAAAGGCGGACCAGCGUCAUCAGGGAACUCUUACAGAAUGAGAGAAAAUACGUGCAAAUGCUGGAAAUUGUGAGAGAUAUUUACAAAAGGCCACUUAGAGCAGCACUGUCACCAAAUAGAGCAAUUCUGAGCGCUGCAGAUAUCCAGAUCAUUUUCUCUGAUAUUCUGCUGAUGUCAUGUCUCAACAGGUGGUUUCUAGAUGACUUGAGAGACAGACUACAGGAAUGGGGCCCAGCUCACUGCGUGGGAGAAAUAUUCAUAAAGUUUGGAAGCCAGUUGAACAUAUACACCAAUUUCUUCAACAAUUACCCUGUUGUUCUGAAAACUAUGGAGAAGUGCAGAGAAAUGAUACCAGCAUUCCGAGCUUUCCUGAAGAGGCAUGAUAAGACCAUUGUUACAAAGAUGCUGAGCUGGCUUUUGUACCCAUCCCGAAGGUCUGAAGAAUAUAUUCAUCUUCUCUACGUUCUGAGGCUUCACACUCCUGCAGAACAUGUUGACCACGGGACUUGACCACUGCAAUUGAAGUAAUCCAAAAAAUACAAAGGUUACAUAGACCAGGAAAUGGAGAUUCCUAUAAUAGUUUAUGAAAAUACCGUGCCCUUAUCAAGUGCCAUAAAAUAUUUUAAUCGAUUUUUUACGUAUAAAAAUAUCACAGUUUCAGUUUCCCUAAAAUCACUUUGUUUUCCGGAUGAAGCAGAACAUCAAUAUGACAGAUCAGCUGUCAGACAGAGAGCGCCAUCUGUGGGCGCCCGAUCAGAAGUAAACAGAUAUCUGAUUAGGGUCCAAGAUGUAGCCCAACUUCACUGCUGGGAUGAGGAACUAAGUUUCUCUUUAAGGCUGUAUGAACAUACCCGUGAUCUCAGUCUUUUCCUCUUCAACGAUGCACUGCUUGUUUCUAGUGGGGGCACGUCUCAUACUCCGUUUGAAAGGACUUCAGAAUCAACCUACCAGUUCAUUGCAUCAGUGGCCCUUCAUUGACUACUCAUAGAAGAUAUUCCAGAUUCCAAAUAUAUCAAGAAUGCAUUUAUUCUUCAAGGUCCAAAACAUGAAUGAAUUUGUGCUACAGAAGUUGAGGAUGAUAAAUUCCUGUGGUUGUCAGUACUCCAAAACGCCAUCGAAAGUAGUAUGGAAAAGUGA